AUGUUAGAAGAGAUUCGCAAUGGAUAUUCGUGCGUACCUGUUGCUCUCUCGGAAACACUCGAUAUUCGAUUGAACACAGCUGCGAGGGCCGUUCGGUACGGAGUAAAUGGCGUAGAAGUAUGGGCUGCACCCUCUCGUAGCCUCCACACAAAUCAUACCGUAUAUAAAGCCGACGCUGUUUUGGUUACGCUACCGCUUGGUGUUCUUAAAGCUUCCGCUCCACCCUCGGCGGUUGCUUUCAACCCUCCGCUUCCGGAUUGGAAGUCUCAAGCCAUCCAAAGGCUCGGCUUUGGUAAUUUAAAUAAGGUAGUAUUAUGCUUCGAAAGAAUCUUUUGGGAUCCAACGGCAAACUUGUUCGGGCACGUGGGUAGUACGACCGCCUCGAGAGGUGAACUCUUCCUGUUCUGGAACCUGUACAAAGCGCCGGUCCUGUUGGCCCUCGUCGCUGGAGAGGCAGCCUGCGUAAUGGAGAAUGUCAGCGACGACGUUAUCAUUGGUCGAUGUAUCUCGGUCCUCAAGACGAUCUUUGGCAACCAAGUAGUCCCACAACCGCGAGAGAGUGUCGUUACAAGAUGGCGUGCCGAUCCUUGGGCCCGUGGCUCGUACAGCUUCGUAGCAGUCGGCAGUUCCGGAAGUGAUUACGAUCUUCUUGCUGCACCGGUAGCACCACCAGCGCCACCCAAUUAUCCUCCGGGCACACCGCCACCGCAACCGAGAGUAUUCUUUGCCGGCGAACAUACGAUCCGUAAUUAUCCGGCUACGGUGCACGGUGCAUUCUUGAGCGGACUUCGCGAAGGUGGUCGAAUAGCUGACCAACUCUGUGGAAGUCCUUACGCGCCACCAACGAUGCCCACCACGGUACCAAGUUCUACAGGGGUCAACAAUAACAAUAAUAAUACCAAUAGCAAUACUACUGGCACCAGUUCGGCACCUUAG